AUGGUCAGAUUGAGAAACACCGGGAACCGGCCCCUUGACCAGGUCAAGGGGUGGGCCGGGUUUAAAACAUUGCUUACAACUAAGAAUAGUCAAAAUCCUCCAUUUAAGAUUACUGCGAUUGUCUCAAGCAUUUUGAUAUUGGAACUGCUAAGUUUACGGGUAGAAGGCAGUAGCCAAGUGGAGUACCCCAUCUCAUAUCCUGCGAUAAAUUGUCGCAAACACUCUGCAGUGUUGACUGAUUUUGGAGGUGUUGGUGAUGGAAAAACUUCAAAUACCAAGGCGUUUAAUUCAGCAAUUGCCAAUCUAAGCCAAUUUGCAUCAGACGGUGGAGCUCAACUUAUUGUUCCUCCAGGAAAAUGGCUAACUGGCAGUUUUAAUCUCACUAGUCAUUUCACUUUAUAUAUUCAUAAGGAUGCAGUUCUUCUUGCAUCUCAGGAUGAAGCAGAAUGGCCUCAUCUUGCGGUGUUGCCAUCUUAUGGAAGAGGAAGAGAUGGACCUGGUGGAAGAUUUAGCAGCCUUAUUUUUGGGACAAAUUUAACUGACGUUGUUGUCACAGGUGGCAAUGGUACGAUAGAUGGUCAAGGUGCACCUUGGUGGAUCAAAUACCGUAGCAACCAAUUAAACAUCACUCGACCCUAUCUUAUUGAAAUCAUGUACUCUAAUCACGUCCAGAUAUCCAAUAUAACUUUAAUUAAUUCUCCAUCAUGGAACGUUCAUCCUAUAUACUGCAGCAAUGUGCUUGUCCAAGGCCUCACUAUUCUUGCGCCAAUUGAUUCUCCUAAUACAGAUGGGAUAAACCCAGAUUCAUGUACAAACACCAUAAUUGAAGAUUGUUACAUAGUCUCAGGGGAUGACUGCAUUGCAGUUAAAAGUGGAUGGGAUCAAUAUGGAACCAAAUUUGGAAUGCCAACGAAACACUUGAUCAUCAGAAGGCUAACCUGCAUUUCACCGGAUAGUGCUACCAUAGCACUUGGCAGUGAGAUGUCUGGUGGAAUUAAAGAUGUCCGAGCUGAAGAUAUCACAGCCAUUGACACUCAAUCUGGUGUGCGGAUUAAAACUGCUAUUGGAAGAGGAGGUUAUGUGAAAGAUAUAUAUGUUAGGAGAAUGACCAUGAAGACUAUGAAGUAUGUCUUUUGGAUGACAGGUUCUUAUGGUUCACACCCAGACCCGAGCUUUGACCCAAAAGCACUUCCCGAAAUUACAGGAAUAAACUAUAGAGACAUCGUGGCUGAAAAUGUCACAUAUUCAGCGAGACUUGAUGGAAUUCAAAAUGACCCCUUUACUGGAAUUUGCAUUUCUAAUGUAACGAUUGGAUUAACAGAAAAACCACAAAAACUUCAGUGGAACUGUACUGAUGUUCAAGGAUUUACAAGUCGUGUGACUCCUCCGGCCUGCAAUUUAUUACCUGAGAAAAAGGAUAAUACUGAUUGCUUUUUCCCAAAAGAUAAGUUACCCAUUGAAAACGUUGAGUUGAAGACUUGUUUCAUGAGUAAGUAG